AGGCGCGGUGGCGGAGGCCUGGGAUUUAAAGGGGUAGGACUAACGGCGGCUGCCCCUUCGGGGGAGUGCGGGGAAGAGGUAUAGUUUUUUUUCUUUUCUUUGAGGAGGAAGGACUCUGCUAGUCCUGCCUGGGAAGAUGGUUUGCGGGGGCUUCGCCUGCUCACGCAAUGCGCUGUGCGCCCUCAACGUCGUUUAUGUGCUGGUUGGCCUACUGAUGAUCGGCGUGGCUGCCUGGGGUAAAGGUUUUGGCAUUGUUUCCAGCCUCCACAUCAUCGGAGGUGUCAUUGCUGUGGGUUUCUUCCUGCUUCUCAUUGCCAUCGUGGGAUUCAUUGGUGCUAUCAACCAUCACCAAGUCAUGCUCUUCUUUUAUAUUGUCAUUCUAGGGCUAGUCUUCCUUUUCCAGUUUGGAGUUUCCUGUUCGUGUCUGGCACUCACGUCAAGUAAACAGGAGAGUCUCUUGAGUGGUGCCUGGAAAUUCCUGGAGCGGGACACCAAGAAGUCAUUGGAAAAGAGCUUAAACUGCUGCGGGCUGUUCAACCACACAAAAUCUGCUGAAGAAUUCAAGAUUGACUUUGAAGCGUGCAAAGCAGUAAGUACAUGCAAAUCAACUGUAUGCUUCACUUGUGGAAAAGUGAUGAUGGAACACGCAGGCGAGGCCUUGAAAAUCCUUGGAGGAGUUGGGCUCUUCUUCAGUUUCACAGAGGUCCUUGGAGUGUGGCUUGCCAUGCGUUACAGAAACCAGAAAGACCCCAGAGCCAACCCCAGUGCCUUUUUAUAGAACACCUUUCGCUUCCCCCUACCAUCACCCAUGCCCUCCUUUAGUUAGCUGCUUGACCUUUAUUCAAGGCAUCCCCUUAGCAUCACUUGAAAACAAGGCAUCCCUCGCAGGCCUGGUGAGGGAAGGGGGACUUUGCCAUUGUGCCAAAUGGCUGAUUGGAUAAAAUAGCAGCACAAUGGCUGCAUCCUUGACAUGAAGCCUUUGGGAGAUGGCAAAGAAGACCCAUUGCUGAAAGCAAACCGGAGCUGUUAGUUGGUACCAAGUAGGAUAACCUAUAGCCGAGUCACUUGCGUAAUUGUUGCUCAUAGCUACAAUCAUUCUGGUGGUUUUAAAACUUGUGUUUUUGGUUGUUGUAUUCAUGUCUAUUUUUUUAAAAGGCUUGUUCUAAAGCUGCUCCCCUCUUGAGUAAGUCUUCAUCCUGGCAGGGCAAAGUGCUCUGCUGCCCCAAUGCAUAAGCAAGGGACACCAUGUCUCUGCCAUAACUGCUUUUCACAGAUCUGCCCCUCUCACUUCGUGUUUUGCUGUGGCCUCAAUUGUGCAGGCGCAGCAGGGCACGAGUGCCACAUUGAAGCAGCUCUAGGGGAAGGUUUAGAUUUUAGCCAAACAUUCAACCUGGAAGUAUAAGUGUUUUAUUUAUUUUUGUGUUGUUGUUUUUAAAUCCCUACAUUGAAAUUUGUCUGAAUUCCUGACUUGCAAUCAUGUAUACUGGCCACCUUUUUCAGAAGGGAAAGCAGGGGCUUGUGUAAACCUGUCCAGAGAACUGGAUCACUCAUAAUGUAACGAAGGUCACGUCUACCUUUCAGAUUUUUUAAGCUGGCUUGAAAGAAAUUUCUCUUGUGACUUGUUCCAAAGGAACAACAGGGGCUAUAUAGUCUUGUCAGGCCUACUGCUGAGACUUAAGAUUCCUGGUCCCUUUGAGGUACUACUAAUUCCUGUAACUCCUUGGCUAGGGAAAUAGGCUUGAAACUGCUUGCAGUGAAGAUACACCUUGUCCAGACUCCUAUCCCUGUAUCCAUUUGGUGUAAGGAUGUAUGAGGGACGUAUAGGUGGGUAGGUUUCUUUUGUUUGUUUGAGCACUAGCCCAACCACUCACCUUUCUGCAGAUGCUUCUAAUCUCAGUCCAGUGAAAUGCAGACAUUUAGUUCUAGAUCAGUAGGGAGGGCCUGCAGAAGUUGUAGCCACAAUUCUGCUAAGCACAAAACACUGCGGAUUUGCUCUGGGGCUCCUUCUUUGCUCAUGCUCUAGCCUGGCAGCCUAGGAAAGGACUGUGUUUACUUUCUCUUAACCUGUUUUUCCUUUCAAAGAUGCAGUUUGGUUAGUUGAGGGAGGUCAUGUGGGGGUAUUCACACUGGGGUGUUGCCAGUUGCUUGUCCAAGAAAGGAGGAUUAACUUGCUAGUGGAGAUCUCAGCAUCCUGCAAAAGGCCUGCUUUUGAAACACAGCAUCUUGUCAUCUUAUCCCUGCACCUUGGAAAGCAUCUUCUGGAGCAAACUGGAAGCGUUUGUAUAGUUGCCUGUUUUAGCAGAGCAAAGGAUUGAGUACUGAAACAGUUCAUCUUUGCCAGAGACUGGGCAAGGGCAAAUUUAAACCCAAAGCUUCCCCCUCCCCCCCCAAAAAAAAUUGUUUACAGUGGUGGGAAAGGAAAGACAAUGAUCAGGAGGCAGCUUUUCAAAGGACUAUGUCUUUGCUUUCAUUUCUUGCUCUAGUGCUGCAGCAAGACUGCUCCCCUUUUCCUGCAAGCCAAUUCUGUAAGGGCAGCAAAGAUUCUCCCAGAUGAAGGAAGACUCUGUAGUGUGCCUUCAGAUGAAAAGCAGAAGUCUGUUCUCUUAGCCAUUGACAUAGAAAGGGCAUGUACCCACUUCUUCCUCUUAAUGAAUUCUUGCACUUAGCAGAAUGUGGAGAUAAAGGGAACAGAAGGCCAAGUAAGAGCAAAGGCGAAAAUCUUGCGGAGAAACAUUGGAUUUUUUAUGUACUGCAACCUUGUGGUAGUUCCAACCGCAAGCACCAUUGUGGGGAGGUCUCGUGGGGGCAGUGGUGCCUUCUGCAAACAAGCACCUAAGUAUAGAGCAGGUGGAAGUAGGCUGGCAGCUUUUGCAGACAGUUGGGACUACUAGGGGGUGUUCUGCUCAGCUCCUAAAAGAUGCAGUCGACAGCGUGACCUCAUACAACUGGCAACAUGGGGGAAUCCUCCGUAUUAAGGUACUGAUAAGCUAUAGUGCAAUGUGCUGCUUUCUCUAAGCAGUAGUGGGCCUUUUCUAUUACACAGGCCUGUUUUACUCACCUCUCCCACUUUGACUAGGGCUACAGCUUCAUUCAAAUUGUGGGGAGGGGAUGUGCUGAACUACGUUAGCCAUAGGGGCUGAUUGGAGCAAGUUGACAUGCACUUUAUAUACGUGUAGCAAGUAAAAACUGACUCAUAGUCAAAUAGUAUUAACAAAUGGGCGUCAUCCUCUCUACUACCUUAGGGGAGAAGGCUAGACAGAUGCCUACUCAAGACAGAGCUUUGCUGGUUACUUCCUUUGGUGGAUUUCUUUCAGUGCUGCAUAUUUGCUAGAGACUAUCCCUGCCCUGUAGAUGGGGGAAGAGAAAAGUGGAAUGGACUUAACAUUUGUGAAAAGAGGUUUGAGACUCAAACAUUCAGAGCACCAGAUGGUUUUGUUGAGAUCUACAACCUUCUACCCAUCAUGUAUACCUAGCCUACUCCCAUUGUGGAUUGGAGUGAUUCUGUUACAGGCUAUUUGAAUAAAUACAUUUAUCAAACACAA